UCACUUUUCCCCCUCGCUAAGUCUCUUCGUCGUCGUGUAUAUCAAUCUUCGUCGUCGUGUAUAUCAACCUUCGUCGUCUUUUAUCUUAUUUGCUUGUGUGUUCGUAAUUCUAAUCGCCGGCGAAAAUGAGUUCCUCUGCGAACCCUAACCAAAAGCAAAGAUCUUCGCUUUACCCAGAAGUUGAUUUCUCGAACCCAGAACCUCAAAUGCGCCCCUCGAAUCCGAUCUCCUCCUCAUCUUCCAAUCUCUAUCCAUCCCUCGAUAUGCAUGAUCUUGUCGGAAAUCUCUUCCCGGACCCGCUGGAGGUUAAACCAAUCCGGUAUUAUGCCGCCUCCGCUCCUCCUCCGGCGAUGGAGGAAGUGAUCCUGCGGAUUCCCGGCGCGAUCCUCCACCUCAUCGACCAAUCUUACAGUGUCGAGCUCGCUUGCGGCGAUCUCACUGUUCUCCGUCUCAUUCAGGGCGAGAAUGUCAUUGCCGUUCUCGCCCGCAUCGCCGAUGAGAUCCAGUGGCCUUUGGCCAAGGACGAAGCCUCCGUGAAGGUGGACGACUCGCAUUACUUCUUCUCCCUCCGUCUCGCUAAGGAAUCCGGGUCGGAUUCCAGCGACGACGAGGGGCCCAGCAAAAACUCUAAAUCGAAAUCGGAGGAAGAUAACGGUAUGCUGAACUACGGAUUGACGAUCGCGUCGAAGGGGCAAGAGCUGUUGCUCGAGCAGCUUGACCGGGUCUUGUCGGAUUACAGCUGUUUCACGGUGCAGCAAGUGUCUGAGAAGGCGAAGGAGAAAGGGGAAAAGGUGUUGGAUGCGACGGUGGCGAAGGAGACUUCGCCGGCGGAGCUGAAGGGGGACAAGAAGGAGAUGGUGGAGAAGCAAUGCGCUGCGUAUUGGACGACUUUGGCGCCGAACGUGGAGGAUUACAGUGGAAAGACGGCGAAGCUGAUCGCUUCUGGUUCCGGGCAACUGAUAAAAGGGAUUCUCUGGUGUGGGGAUGUGACCAUGGAUCGACUCAAAUGGGGAAACGAGUUCAUGAAGCGGAGGAUGACCAAGGCCGAGAAGGAGAAGGAGAUAAGCCCUGAGACCUUGAAAAGGAUCAAGAGGGUGAAGAGGAUGACCAAGAUGACUGAGAAAGUGGCCAAUGGUGUGCUCUCUGGUGUUAUAAAAGUUUCAGGUUUCUUGACGAGUUCUGUGGCAAACACCAAAGUCGGGAAGAAAUUCUUUAGCGCUCUUCCCGGAGAGAUCGUUCUCGCAACACUUGAUGGAUUCAACAAGAUAUGCGAUGCUGCUGAAGUAGCUGGAAAGAAUGUCAUGGCAACAUCGUCAACUGUCACAACCGAACUCGUCGAUCACGGGUACGGGACAAAGGCGGCUGAGGCGACGAACGAAGGGCUGGAAGCAGCAGGGCAUGCGAUAGGGACAGCAUGGGCUGCUUUCAAGAUCCGAAAGGCCAUUAACCCCAAAAGCGUACUGAAACCUUCGACACUGGCGAAAUCCGCUGCAAAAGCUGCAGCUGAAGAGAAGAAGAAGCUCAAAAAGGACUCUAAGUAGAUCAGAAAAAAAGAUGCUCUUGUUGUCUGUAAUGUUUCUGUAUACAGAACAGAACUAGUGAGUAGGGUUCUUAGAUUAAUUAGGACAUUUUUGCAAGUGUUUGGUCCUUUUCUCCUGAGAAUAUUGGAAUGCUUUUGUUCUGAGUUU